AUGUUUAUCAGUAUAAGACGAUUAGUAGCGCUAGUAGCCAUUACUCAGUUAGUUGCUUCAUUUAGUGCUGUUCCAGUGUUAGUAGCAUCUCAUCGGUUGGCAAAAGGGUUGAAAGAAGAACUCAAUGGUAGCGGCCCACAGGCACCAGAACUGGCUACCAAUUUGAUCAAACGAUUAGUCACAGAAUGCAGUUCCGAUGAAUAUUUGGUUAUAAAUCAACCAGGAUUAGUUUUGGAAGAUAUGACCGUGAAUGAGGCAGAUAAUUGGCCGUUUUUGAGAAGAUACAUCGCCAUGGCUUCGAGUGUAGUAGGAAUACCCUGGGUCAGAGGCGCUUUGGAUUUGGACUUUAUUGAGCAGUACAUUAUUAGUACCUGCCAUGCGGAAACUAUGAAUGUGGUUCAUGACGAUGAUCAAGAAGUGGGGAACUAUAUAGACACAAGAACCAGAGUUAUAAAGAUUGAUCUCAGUGAGCUCCCACCAAGAAGCGACUUGGAGUUGAGAUAUUCGGUGAUACGAGAACACGAUGAGCUUAUUAGAAAGAUUAUAAGAAAGCUUCCAUCGCCGCAUUAUACUAUCAUUCUCACAUCGGACAUGCCCCAAAAUGUGCACCCGAUUCCAAAUAUGGUGGUCGAGUCCCAACCCGACAAAUACCAAAUUUUCCAUGAUUUGGUUAAUGAUCCAUCGCGUGAAUUAGAAAUUGAAAGAAAUGACAGGUUUCAUCAAACGAUAGAACCCUACUGGUCUCCGGACAGAAAUACCAUAAACAGAUACAUGGAAAAUAAAAAGAAGGAUGAAAUCCAUUUUUUUGACUACGAUUUAUGGACGCGAAAUGAAAAAUUGAUAUUAACAAUAAUAGUCAUGGUGCUAACCUUAUUCACCUUCCAAUUAACCAAGUUGGUGAAGUUAUUGACUGAAACAGUUUUCAAGAAAGAUAAAGGCUUAAUUACGCAUACAAAGUCUGAAUAG